AUGAAAAAAAAAAAUAUUGCUAUAAAUAGAAAUUAAGUUUUAAAUCAUUCUUAAAUAAUAGUUGCAAUUAAAGAUGUAAUAGUAUAUGAUGGAUUUGUCGAAUAAAUUACAGGAGAAGUUUUAUUUAAUCCUUCAGGAUACACUUAAGAAUAAAAUAAAUGGAUAUGGUAAAAUUUAAAUGAUGGUUCUUGUUUAUUUUAUGAAGAUGGUCAAGAUGUUUAAUUUAAAAUUAUGGCUGUUAAUAUGAUGCAUUUAAAAGAAGAUUAAGAAUAAACACAUUAAAUUAUAGGAUGUAUGAAUGAAUAAGGUUUAGGGCCAAAUUUGUGGUGGGAUUGGAAGUGA